GAUGAUCUAAACAAAGGUUCAAGAUUUUAAAGUAAAAACUACUAACAAACCAAUUAAACAGUAUAGCAUUGCUGUUUAUAUUGCUUUCAGAAUUUUAUCUUGAAUUGUUUGUUGAAUUGAAUUGAAACUGAUAGUAUAAAUGUUCAGCGGCUGUUGAUUAGAAUGCUAAUCUUAUGAUCAAAAAAGGUCAUUUUCUUGAGCAAUUACAGGCGCUUUUAUACCAAAGACUUAUAAAUGAGGAAUACAACAAGUGAUUAGUCUUACUGAGACAAAAGCACUAUAAGUGGUAACAUUACAGAGUUUUGAACACUGUGCAGAAUAGUAGACAGAGAACAGGGUUGGUUUUAAGAAAUAUGGAAGUCAAAAUGAAUACAUGUAAAUUAAACAAUGUGAGGCCUUAUUUUUGUUUGAAUGUUAAGCUCUGUAAUGGCUGAAUGGCCAGAGCUUUAAUGCAUCAUUUAAUAAGAAAGAAAGCAAAGCGAAUGCUUUGAUCAAAGCUGGCCUGAACAAUGAAUGGUGCUUUUUGAUUUUGUGUGCAUUAGCUGUAAAAUAACUGAUGUAUCUAGACUGUUUGAGGUUUCCAGGUCACCUCCUACUAAUACACUCCUAAAACAUACUCCAAUUAAGCUUACAAUCAUUUAUAUCCACUUUGAAAUAUAGAUUUAGUGGGAAUAUUUCAUGUUCUUGUACAUACACAUUGUAGAUCUGAUAUAUUUGGUUUGAGAAGUUCAAUUAGUAAAAUACAAAAAUCUGAAGACGAGAUCCUGUUUGAGAGUUGAGAGAUUAACAAUGACAUAAAUCACAUUCUGGAUGUUUAAUGACUACAUGCAUACAAACCAGGUUUUCCAUGAGAGGCAUCAGGGGUUAUUUGCUUAUUUGAGUAUUAGUACCGCAGUCAGACAUGUAGUAGAGCAACAUUCCGCUUCUGUCUUUGGGUGGACAACUGCAUCAAUCAGUGCCUGGGCUUGUAGAAACUGCUGUCUUUUUGUUAUCUAAGGCGUUUACCACACCGUAGCAUCAUGGAAAUAAAUGCCACAUGACUCGAUAUGUUUGCAUUUUAUACAUUUUGGCACAACAAGUCUGGCUAACAUGAAGUUGGGAGGCAGCUACACAUAGAUUGAUGAUAACCGAGGAGGAAGAAGACUCAAAGGUGUUGAUCUUUGAAGUUUAAACUCAGACAAAGACAGAAUGAGUGCUGACGGAACCGGGGACCCGCCUCCAUAUGUCAUACCAAUAGAGGGUGCCAAGGGCUCCGACGUCAAGGUCUACCAUGUGCACACUCCGUUCACCCCACAGGGCACAACUAUUAAAGAUUCUCAAAUCCAAAUGGGAUCAUCCAGACCUGUUCAGUCCCAGUCAACCGAACCCAAAAACAAAUUCGUCAGCUAUGAUUCAUACGAGCUGGGUCGCAAUCCAGGAAUGGCCACCUGCACGCAAUGCCAACAGCAGGUCUUAACCAACGUCACCUACAAAGUGGGAGUUUACGCCUGGUUGAUGUGCUUACUCUUCAUCCUGUGCGGGUUUGUUUUAUUCUGCUGUCUGAUUCCAUUCUUCGUCAAGUUUUUCAAAGACGUCUAUCACACAUGCCCGAAAUGCAAUAAGAUCCUGCACAUUGAGAAGAAGCGAUGCUGCUAACCCCACCUCUUCCCCGAUUUUAACACUACUCAUGGAUGUGUGUUGCACCUUACACUAUAUGAAGGACACUUUCAGACCAACACAGAUGUCAUUUAGUACAGACUUGCCUGUAUGAACUAAUGCUUUGCUAUGUUUGUAACUAAGAACCUUUUGGUGUUCAUCUGGUUUAGUCUUUUAAUUACAAAUGAAUACUCAUGGUUUUGAUUGUAUAUCUAUAAGGGACUCGGGGUUAAGGGUUCACAAGUUUGAGGUGUUCAUGGAACCAAAAAGUUGAUCUGCCUAAGUACAAUUACAUCAUGUAAUGUAAAUAUCAGUAAUUUUAACUAUUUAGAAAGGUGGUUCAACAAAAGGGCCUCAAAAUGACUUAAAGAUUUUACCAAUACAAGCAUUAAAAUAAACUAACGCAACUAAAAAAAAAAAAAAACAACAACCCUUGUUUAGCAAUUUUUCACUUAUGUAAAAAGCCUCUGAAUCUUUACAAAAUGUCAAAUAUGUCAUAUGUACAUCUAAACUGUCAUAAAACAAGCCUGUGCAAUACCUUAAUGAGAACCCGUGUUGUGUUUAUACACACUGCAAUCUUCAUAUUACAUGUGACACUAGCACAGUAUUACAAUCUGAACACCAUCUCGAGUCACAAUUCUCCACGGACCAUGGCUGUAGCUUUUAUAGAAAAUUUUAUUCAACAUACAUUUUCCAGCAAAAAGGCAAUAUACAGGAAGAGUUGUCGUACACUGCUGCUACACGGAGGAAUUAGACUGGAGAGAAAAAAGAAAAAAAAAAAUCAAAAAAGAAAGAUGUGAUCUGCAGGUCAUCUUUGUACUGCACUUAAACAAGACAAACUGUUGCAAUUAGUUAAGGAAAAAAAAACCCAAAUGAAACUGCCAGGAUCCAAAAUAAAACUACACACAAUGAAUAUGAACAUCUGAAUUGAUCUGUACCCAACAAAUUGGUGUUUUUAAUUUUACAUGUUCAUUCUUUAAAUAUACAAUUUAAUUGUUUUUACAAAGCCAACUAUGCACUAGGGAGCAUUCCUUCUGUGCUUAAAGGAAGAAGAAAAAAAAAAAAAAAAAAAAAGUUUGUAUUGGUUCAUUAAUGCUGGUUUCUCUAUGUCCCAAACCAGUCUACUAUAUGUCUGCAGCCUCGUGCCAACAAACAGUACAACGAAUCUGGAGCCGUCAGCAAGCAACACCUCUCCCCCCAUCAGAAUAAUCCCACAGCCAGUGACAGAGGAGCUAAAGGAAGGGG